AUGAAAAAGAGCGGCGUAAAGUGGAAGCGCAACAGCACCGCCAUGCAACACGCAUGGAAGCGUCUUGAGGCAGAGUACCGUGACACGAUGCGCCACAACGGCACGUCAGGGAAGGCGCCCAAGCGGAAGAAACCCUGGUUCGAGUAUGUUUACCUCAUUAAGAAGCUCCCUGCCAACGUUAAACCGCAUGUGCUGGAUGGUGGCGGAGCAGGGGAGACCCACGCUGAUCCAGGAGCACCAAUACGCGACGACGCCGAGAUGGGCGAGGGUGGAAUGCGUUCCCGAGUCAACGAGACCGCCACCAUGGCGGCAGCGAAAGUCAUCGCCGACACAAUCACAACAUGCAAUGCUCAGGCGUUGCGGCAGCUUAGCGACAUGGUGCAACUCCUCGUGACAGCCAUCCACGUCGCUGCCACGAUCGGGAGGGCUCCGCCUCCACAACCCCAGCCUGUGGCGCCGCCGCCGCCCGCCAAUGCGCACGCCCUCACAGUCACGCAUGGCAACGAGGACUCGCCCGCCUUAGGCGGAGAGGCUCGCGACGUUCCCCACGAUGUGGACGAUGAGGCGCGCGAUGACAUGACGUCCGACUAG